AUGAGACAAAAAUUACUAUUCUUUGGUGAUUCUAUCACAGAAUUUGCAUAUCAACCAGAUCAGUUCACCACUGGAUCAGCUCUCAAUGCGAUAUACUCUAGAAAAUUAGAUAUAAUACAUCGCGGUUAUGCCGGUUAUAAUUCACGUUGGGGGCUUAAGAUCCUUCCCAAGAUCUUAGAACAAGACGGUGAGGGAGUUGUAUUGAGUACGUUGUUUUUCGGUGCUAAUGAUUCUUGUAUAGCUGGACCUCAACGUGUGCCCAUUGAUGAAUUUAAAGAAAAUACGUUGGCAAUGUUGAAAUUGUUUCAAGAAAAAAAUAUAAAAGUUGUGGUUGUGGGUCCAGCAUUAUUGGAUAGACCUAGAUGGGAAUCGAAUAGACCAGAGGAAACGAAAAUGGGGUAUCUUCGUACUGAGGAGGAAUUUCAAAAAUAUGGUCAAGUCUUAAAGGCAUGUGCACAUUUGACUAACAGUGCGUUUGUGGAUCUUAAUAAAGCAUUUAUUGAGAAAGGGGGUGAUGAUUGGAGGGAGUUAUUAACUGACGGGUUACAUUUUUCAGGUAAAGGUUAUGAAAUAUUCUUUGAUGAAUUAAUGCAAGUUAUUAAGGAUAAGUUCCCUCAAUAUUCACCUGAAAACUUACCAAGCGAUUAUCCAUAUUGGAAAGAUGUCAAGGCUGAUAUGUCCAAUUUAUAG